UUAUCUGCUACUACUAAAGAAAAACUCGAUUACCCCUUUCUCCAUUUCUUCGACAUAGCGCCAUAAAAUCAUCUGUUUUCAACUAUGUGAUGUGAGAGACAACAAAAGUAUUGUGUUUUGUUUUUAUUUUUGUUUUGUUUCACGUUCUUUGUUUUUUGUUGUCAGUGUUUCGAUCUCUCAACUCUGAGCCAUGAAACUCAUCAACGACAAACUUCCCAUGCCAAGUUCUACUUCUACUUCAUCAUCAAGACUCGCCGACCUUGUCUCCGACCAGUUUCCGGCGGGUCUCCGGGUGCUUGUUGUGGAUGAUGACCCUACCUGUCUCAUGAUCCUUGAGAGGAUGCUCCGGUUUUGCUUAUACCAAGUUACCAAAUGUAAGAGGGCUGAGGUUGCAUUAUCACUUCUUAGAGAGAAUAAAAAUGGGUUUGACAUUGUUUUAAGUGAUGUGCAUAUGCCUGACAUGGAUGGGUUCAAGCUUUUAGAACAUAUUGGAUUGGAGAUGGAUCUUCCUGUUAUUAUGAUGUCGGCGGAUGAUGGAAAAAAUGUGGUAAUGAAAGGUGUGAAACAUGGUGCUUGUGAUUAUUUGAUCAAGCCGGUGCGGAUUGAGGCUUUGAAGAAUAUAUGGCAGCAUGUGGUUAGGAAGAGAAAGAAUCAGUGGAAGGAUCUGAAGCAAUGUGGUGGUGGGUUAGAUGAUGGAGAUCGACAACAAAAGGUGUCUGGUGAUGGUGAUUACUCAUCUUCUGCAAAUGAGGGGAAGAGCUCGAGGAAGAGGAGGGAUGAGGAAGAUGAAGCAGAUGAGAGGGAUGAUUGUUCCACGAUGAAGAAGCCGCGAGUUGUUUGGUCUAUUGAGCUGCAUCAACAGUUCAUGGCUGUUGUGAAUCAAGUGGGAUUAGAUAAGGCUGUUCCUAAAAAGAUUAUGGAAAUGAUGAAUGUUCCUGGGCUCACUAGAGAAAACGUUGCUAGCCAUCUUCAGAAAUACCGUUUGUAUCUUCGAAGGUUGAGUGGAGUUUCGCAACAUCAGAGUAACUUGAACAACCCCUUCAUGAGUCCACAAGAGUCAAUAUUUGCGUCAACGUCAUUAAAUGGAAUUGAUGUUCAAACUCUUUCACCCGCUGGCCAGCUCUCAAAUCAAAGUCUAGCCAAGCUUCAAGCAGCUGGACUUUUCAGUUCCGAGAACUCAAAACUAAGAUUUGGAGAAGGGCAUCUGCAAAAUAUGAGCAGCAAUAAACCAAUGAACUUUCUUCACGGAAUCCCUACCAACAUGGAGCCAAAGCAGUUUGCCAAUUUGCACCAGUCUGUUCAACCAUUUGGCAGCACGAAUACAGUCAAUGCUUCUGCUACCCCAAGAGGCCCGUGGUUGAUGCAGAUGGCUCAGUCUCAACCUAGACGUCAGAUGCUAAACGAGAAUACCAAUUCUCAUGCUACAAGGUUUCCGUCAUCUUUCGUGCAGCCUACAGGACCAAUCGGAGUUUCUAAUGGUUUUGUAGGAAAUGUGAUCGCUGAUACAAGCAACAUAACUUACGCCUAUAAUUCAGUUGCUCAAGGUAACGUUGACGCAUCACCUUCGAAUUUAGGCCAUUGCAGUUUUUCCUCUAUCCAACAUGCCGGACAAAAUAGAGACGGUAGUUUGAUCGGAAAAUCAUUGAUCUCUACUGGUGAUGGUAUGAGUCAAGGUAAUCUCCAAAAUGUUGGUCAACACCUCAAUACACUUCUUGUUGAAAAUUCAUCAAGGGUUAAAAGUGAAAGAAUUCCUAACCCAAGCUUCGGGAUUAACCCUUUCUCUGAGCAAUUCGGCCAAGAGGAUCUCAUGAGUGCAUUUCUCAAUCAGCACCAAGGCGUUGGUCCCGUCGAAAGUGAGUUUGACUUCGAUGGAUAUUCCCUAGAUAACAUUCCGGUCUAUAACAGAUCCUGUUAGUUCUCUUCCUAAUUGUAGUUACCAAUGUAAAUAUUUGGUGCUCCACAUUAAUCUAAUCAUCAUUCUGCAA